AAAGAAAUUAUCCAAUUAUGGAUUAGCAAAACUGUAACAGGAAUUAAGAAGUGACAAAGAAAAGGAACACCCUGGAAAAGUGUGUAUAUAAGAGGGGAGAAGACAGACUCCACAGACUCUUCCCCCAACCUCUCGUAUUCACUGGGACAAGCUAAACUUUGCAGGAGCAACAUGUCUUGUUCUUCUCGCAUCUCCUCCUCCAGGGCUGGUAGCAGCAGGGUGUCCACGGGCAGAAGCAGCGUCAGCAGUGGAAGCAGAUGUGGUCUUGGGGGCAGCUCUGCCAGAGUCUUCCAAGAAGGAGCUGGCAACUGUGGCCUGAGUGGGGGAUCUAGCAGUGGCUUUGGAGGUGGCUUUGCAGGAGGCUUUGGUAGCUGCUCAGUAGGGGGUGGUUUGGGAGCAGCCUUGGGCUCUGGGACUGGUUUUGGUGGGGGCUCUAGAUUCGGCAGCGGUGCUGGUAGAGGGUUCUACAGCCAUGGAGGUAGUAUGGGAGGUUGCCUGAGCGGUGGCGUUGGUGAUGGGGGGCUUUUCUCUGGAGGUGAAAAGCAAACUAUGCAGAACCUCAAUGACCGCCUGGCCAAUUACCUAGACAAGGUCAGAGCCCUGGAGGAGGCCAACACUGAUCUAGAGAAUAAAAUCAAGGAGUGGUAUGACAAAUUUGGGCCUGGGUCUGGAAAUGAUGGUUCUGGAAGAGACUACAGCAAAUACUAUCCAAUAAUUGAAGAUCUCAGGAACCAGAUCAUCACUGCCACUGUUGAAAAUGCUGGGACCAUUUUGCAGAUUGACAAUGCUAGACUGGCUGCUGACGACUUCAGACUGAAGUAUGAAAACGAGCUGUGUCUCCGGCAGAGCGUGGAGGCAGACAUCAAUGGCCUGCGGAAAGUCCUGGACGACCUGACCAUGACCCGCUCUGAUCUGGAGAUGCAGAUUGAGAGUCUCACUGAGGAGCUGGCCUACCUGAAGAAGAGUCACGAGGAGGAAAUGAAGAGCAUACAAGGAAGUUCUGGAGGGGACGUGACUGUGGAAAUGAAUGCUGCCCCAGGAACUGACCUGACCAAAUUAUUGAAUGACAUGAGGGCACAGUAUGAGGAGCUGGCUGAGCAGAACCGCCGGGAGGCAGAGGAGCAAUUCAACAAGCAGAGUGCGUCCCUACAAGCACAGAUCUCUACUGAUGCUGGAGCCGCCAGUUCCGCCAAGAAUGAGAUAACAGAACUGAAACGUACCCUGCAAGCCCUGGAAAUUGAGCUUCAGUCCCAACUGGCCAUGAAAAGUUCCCUGGAAGGCACUCUGGCUGACACAGAAGCUGGCUAUGUGGCUCAAUUGUCAGAAAUUCAGAUGCAGAUCAGCAGCCUGGAGGAGCAGAUCUGCCAGAUCCGGGGUGAGACCGAAUGCCAGAACACAGAAUAUGAGCAACUGCUGGACAUCAAGACCCGCCUGGAGCUGGAGAUUGAGACCUACCGCCGCCUGCUCGAUGGAGAAGGAGGUGGUUCUAGUUUUGGAGGAUCUGAUUAUAAAAACUCAGGAUCCAGAAACAUAGGAUCCAGGGAUUCAUUACCAGGUGACUCAAGAUCUGGAAGCUCUUCUGGUCAAGGAAGAGAUCCCAACAAGACAAGAGUCACUAAGACCAUCAUAGAAGAGGUGGUGGAUGGCAAAGUCGUCUCAUCUCAAGUCAGCAGUAUUUCAGAGGUGAAAAUAAAAUAAGCAGUUUCCAGGUCAACAGGAGUGCCUGUCAAAGAAAAAAAAUCAAGAAAGACGCAAGCGAAGAUAUCACAUCAUUCUAGUAAUCAUCUAGUCUUUCUGAAUAUCUCCAUGGAAACACGUCAGUCUAAAAAUAGAUGACUAGCCAAUUUUUCUGCAUCCUCUCAUUUCUUUAUUAGAAUGCUCUCAAAAGUUGAAAUGACAGCCCUGCUCUAAUUGCUUCUGUGCUUCAAUAAACUUAC